UCCUCCUUCCAGUCGUCUCCCGCCACCGCGUCGUCCAGCACCUUCUUAACCAACACCAAGCAAAAUAGGCAAGCCAGAGUCAAGUUCUCGGGCGCACGAGCUUGCCGAUGGGUUGCCUGCGGCGCCGGCCGGAGCCGGCGGCCAUCGACAUCACCUGGGUGUCCUGCCGGGGCGUCAGGUCGUCGCUCCCGUUCCACACGCCGUGCCUCUACGCCUCCGUCUGUCUGACGCCGUCGUCCGCCCGCAAGAACGUCCGCCGCCGCCGCGUCAAGACCCCCACCGACCGCGCCGGCGGCGAGAACCCCGAGUGGGACGAGCGCCUGCGCCUCCCCCUUCCCGACGACGCCUCAGAGGACGAAGCCGCGGGGAAAAAGAAGGACGGGCACGUUGACAACCACGACGGCGUCCUUCUCGUGCGGUUCGAGCUCAAGGCCGAGGUGGCCGUCCUCGGGGACGUGCUCGCCGCGUCGGCCGUCGUGCCGCUCUCCGACCUCGUCGCCGACGGCAGGACGCGCCGCGUCUCCUACCAGCUGGCCUCGUCCGAGGACCGCAGGCAGCCCAACGGCGUCAUCUCCUUCUCCUACGCCUUCCACCACGGAAGCACCGUCGACGACGACCAGGAGGACCGCAGCAGCGACGGUGAGCCCGUAUCGCCCGCUAGCCCGGCCCCUCCCCCGCCGCUGCCUCAGUCGACGGCGUCGUCCUCCGGGAUGUACCCGGUGAUAGACUGGGGGCCACUGGAGCACCUCGCGGUUUACCCGCCGGUGAACAACGACACGGUCACGUCCUCAAGCUCAUCGGAGCCGAUUGCGGUCUACCCGCCGUUGCAGGAGACAUCGAGCCGCGGAAUUUACCCGACGGUGGGCGAGCCGGAUAGCAGUUUGUACCCCACAGUAGACUUUGCUCCGGUGAGCUGUUACCCGCCGAUGACGGCGCCGUACUACUACGGUGGUGGUUUCGGGUGUCCGGCAGCUCCUGCAUGGGACGGGCGAUGUUUGUACGGUUGAAACCUCGGUUUCCACCCUUGUUUUUCCAGCGUUUCGUUGGACGGUGUGCCGACGGCUUGUACUUUUUCCCGUAAAAUUCACGUGGUGAUGCCAGUGCACCAGUGAUGCUGGGGUUGUGCUGUGUGUUAUUGGUGGUAUUCGAUAUGUUCGAGCCGAUCAAAUUCGUAUGUAUAUUUGUGAAAUUUGUGUAUGUUGUCAGAUGUGCUUGAUAAAUUAAGGGCACCUUUGAUUUGAAGGUCUUUUAUAGGAAA